GUCAUGCCUCUUCACCGUUAUACUCAUGCAGUUCUGUGCAGAAUUCCUCUUUCGCUUCGUACAAGAGGCGAGGUCACAUUAGACGAAGCUAGAACUCAACAUUUGGCAUUAGCUCAACUUUUACGAGAACUUGACAUUGAUGUUGUUGAAAUGCCACCGGAUGAAAAUUCACCGCUUUGCGUUUUUGUGGAAGAUAUUGCAGUUGUUUGUAAUGGUAUUGCAUUAAUAGCACGGCCAAAUGAACCAUCGCGCCUAAAGGAGAUUGAGACAAUUAGAGCAGUUUUAAAGAAGGAGUUGGAAAUUCCACUUAUUGAUAUAGCUGAUAAAAAUGCUCGUUUAGAUGGAGGAGAUGUCUUGUUCACUGGUCGUGAAUUUUUUGUUGGAUUGUCUCAUUAUACAAAUGAAGCUGGUGCAAGAGCAGUUGCUGCAGCAUUUCCAGAAUAUCCAUGUGUACCUAUUAAGGUUGCUGAAUCAAAGCGUCUCAAAGCUUUAGUCACAAUGGCUGGUCCAGAUAUUAUUUGUGUAGGUGCUGGGAAAGAAUCACAAGAAGUUCUGAAGAGAAUUGAGAGAGAAGCAACUUAUAGUUACCAAACAUUAACUGUGCCUGAAGAUGCUGCUGCUAAUGUACUCUAUGUCAAUGGAACAUUAAUUCAUCGAUCAGAAGAUGAAAUUCCACAAUCAAGUAAAGUUUUUGCAGAGAAAAUUGAGUUUCCAACCAGAUCUUUGCGCAUGUCCGAAUUAGCAAAAGUCAGCUCUGGUUUAACUUCUUGUUGCUUGUUGGUACGUAGACCCAGACAUAUUCGCAGUAUUUAA